AUGGCAUUCACUCCGAUCCUUUGGCUUUACAAUUUGCUCCAGUGGUUCCUGGGCAAAGUUUUCUCGCCCACACCACCAGCACCUGGAAUACGCUUACGUCGUCCUAAGAUCGCCAUUAUUGGUGCAGGUCUGACGGGUGUCUCCGCAGCUGCUCAUUGUGUUGGCCAUGGAUUUGAUGUCACGUUAUUCGAGGCCGGAGACGAGUCAUGUGUGGGCGGUAUCUGGUCCCGAGUCAAUUCCACUUCCGGCCUUCAGAUUCAUAGUCUCAUGUACAGAUUUCAUCCAUCGAUCAAAUGGGAAGGUGGCUAUCCGAAACAAAACCAGAUAGUUGACCAAGUUCGGCAGGUGUGGCAACGCUAUGAUCUUGCAGAGAAGACGAAAUUCAACACCCGAGUGGAGAAGAUUUACAAGGACGAGCUGGGGCGUUGGAUCGUCAAUGACUCCUUCCAAGGCCGCUUCGAUGGCAUCAUACCAGCCAUAGGGACUUGUGGCGCUCCGAAAAUGGUAGGCCUACCUGGUCAAGAGGCUUUCAAUGGAGAGAUCUUUCACUCUUCGGAUCUCGAUAACAAAGAUGCUUCGGGAAAGCAGAUUGUCAUCAUUGGAGGAGGAGCGAGCGCAGUCGAGGCUCUGGAGUGGGCAGUUCAGACCGGGGCUUCUAAGAUCAGCGUCCUUGCUCGUUCGGAGAAAUGGAUAAUUCCGAGGAACGCCUUUAUUGAUACGCUCCUUGCUUUCAACAUAUUCGGGCAAGAGACAUUCCUCUCAUGGAUUCCAGAGAAUCUGAUCCGGCUUCUAUUUUAUCGCGACUUGAAAGACAUCGCACCUCCCGGCAAAGGUCUUUUCACCGAAACACCCAUGGUCAACUCCGAGAUCUUCAAUCAAAUACGGGCAGGAAAAGCAUCUUGGCUUCGUGGAGAUAUCGAAGAAGUUCGUGAGAAUGGGAUUUGUUUCAACCAUCGAGCCCAAGGAGUUCCAAAAGGUGGAGUUGGACGACACCGGCUCAUUGAAGGUGAUAUGAUCAUCCUGGCAACGGGUUACAAGAGGCCAAGUCUGGAAUUCCUACCAGAUGAGGCCUUCCAGGAUGGUUUCCUGCCUCCACGUUGGUUUGUGCAAUGUUUUCCACCCAAUGCGCCUUCCAUCUGUGCAAUCAAUUCAACAUACGUUGCAGCAAUCGGAACCGUGGGAUCGUAUCACAUAGGAAUAUACACUCGGAUGCUGUUAAUGUUCCUCGUCGAUCCAUUGACAACUCCCCGGCCACGGUGGAUGAAACGAUGGGUGAAUUUCACCAGCACUGUCAAGUCGUUGGCCCCGACUGAUGCAUUCGACUUCUUUACGUACUCGGAGCUGAUAUAUUGGUUUGUAUUCAUCACUUUGAUCAACCCGUUCCGGUGGAAAUGGUUUUUGUUUGUUUUCUUCGGUAUUGGGAAGAACUUGCCUCGGAAGAUCGUGGAAAAGGAGGAUCGGCUACGGAAUGGGCUUGGUUAUGAGAGCAGCUACCUCGACUGA